UCCCAUUACUGAAUCUGUGUGUGACCUGAGAUGGAUAGGCAAAGCCCAGGAGAGAAGCAGGCAGACACUAAAAGGACUACAGCCCCCAGCACCCUCACAUCAUCUGCUGUCACCAUGGCAACAGCUAGCUCCAGCAGCACUAUGUGCACCCAGACGCCCCCUACUUCCCUCAGCAUCAUCUCACCAGACAGACAGGCGGUCCAGGUGAUCCAGCACGCCAUCCACAGACCUCAGAGCAUGGCAGCCCAGUACCUGCAUCAGAUGUACGCAGCCCAGCAGCAGCACCUCAUGCUGCAGACAGCAGCCCUGCAGCAGCACCAACACCCCCCCCAUCUGCAGAGUCUGGCCACCAUACAGCAGGCUUCGGUCUGUCAGAGGCAUUCACCUUCUUCAUCCAGUGGCAGUUUGGUUCAUCAGCCUGCUGGUGUUCCCCAAAACUCAAUUACUUUACCAUCAUCUCCGGUGACUGCCCAGCUGAUUGGCCGCACCCAAACAUCCACUGGUGCAGCAACCACCAUUUCCCAGCAGGCCAUGCUAUUGGGAAACAGACCGGCCAACUGUAACCAAGCUCAGAUGUACCUUCGCACUCAGAUGCUUAUUCUAACCCCUGCAGCCACGGUGGCUGCUGUUCAAUCAGACCUCCCUGCCAUCACCUCCUGCUCCUCUUUACCUACCUCCUCUCAGGUGCAGAAUCUAGCUCUGCGCGCCCAUUUGCCUGGAGCUCUGGCUACAGCACACAGUGUGAUUUUAAAGCCAUCCGCCCAGUCCCAACCCCUGACUCCGGCUGCCUCUUUGUCCAAGACGCCAAUCUGCGCGCUGAAGAACAACCAGCUGACUGACACCUCAACAGAAACAGGACCAGCUGACGUCACCCGGCCGGCCUCUGGAACCCAGAUUAUAACUCCAGCCUACUCUCCGGUGCCGACCCACACUUUGGUCAAGCAGCAGGUGUCCUGUCCACAAGGCCAGCGGGUGGCGCAUCAGCAGCUCAUCCUUCAGCAGGCUACAGGAGGAGCUGCAAACCACAGACAGCUCCAGCCCAUCGCCCUCAGAGUAGCACCUCAAGAAACCAACUCCAUCCCUCUUCCUCUGUCUAUUAAGAGACUCACCACUCCCAGCACCCAGUCACAAACCAACAAUGACCCUCGAGCUUCUUCUUCUUCUCCGUCUGUCACCAGCGUGUUUGCAUCUUCAGCUCAGACCUCAAUCCCGGCCGCCACCGUUCAGCCUCAGCCUCCUCCUCUGGUGGCCGCUCCGCAGCGUCGGACCUCAUUCCCACAAGUGCAGAACCAGCCUCCACCUCCUCCUCCUCCUUUGGUUCUCCCCAGGCUGCCCCAAAACCCCCCAACAUCCCUCCACAGGCUGUCCCUGCAUUCGGUCCAGGCUUUGGCCGUCCAGUCAGGACGGGUGCUGCUGACAGAGCAGGAGCUGCCUGUAGCUGAGGCUCUCGUCCAGAUGCCCUACCAGAACCUCCCACCUCCUCAGACGGUGGCUGUUGAUCUGAAAGUGCACCCAAUCAGACGUAACGAAACUCCAUCGUCGGGGCAAACAUGCAAAGUGAAUGGAUUGAGCUCAGAGGCAAGGAAAGAUGAAUGUUCUUCUGGUCCACAGAGAGACAGGACUCCUACACCUCUCAUUGUGCCUCCUAAGCAGAAUGGUUCAGCAACGACGGGUUCAUCCUCCAUCAUAUCAAGUUGCUCGGUCAUCAGGUCACCAGUGGUGGAAGAGCCGUCCCAGCUCACCAGCAGCAGCAACCUUCCUCCUCCUUCUCCUCCUCUACCUCCUCCCAUCUUGCCAGCAGCAGUAAGAGGCCCCAGCCAGCCGCCCUCCUCCCCAGCCAGCCUCCCAGGGAGCCCAGACAACAUACAAACAACCCACGUACUUACACACCUCGUGGAGGGAUUCGUCAUCCGUGAGGGCCUGGAGCCAUUCCCGGUGGUCUCCUCGUCGCUGCUAGCAGAGCAGCAGGCUUCACUUCCUGAAUCCCAGGAGAUACAAACCAACGGUGAUGCAGCAGCAGAGGACAGUCCGCUGGAUGCUGACCAGUCGGAUUCAACAGACUCUGAGAUGGAAAACGAUGGCCCUGCAGCAAAUGUUGCAGAGUUGAGGGAGAGUGUGGCAGGUGUGCUGCAGUGUGAGUUCUGUGGGAGCAGAGGUUACGCUCACACGUUUCUGCGCUCCAAACGCUUCUGCUCCAUGACGUGUGUCAGAAGGUUCAGUGUGAGUUGCACCAAGCGGAUCACCUUGCUGAGAGCAGGUCGCUGGGGUCACAGGCCUGUGGGCAGGAGAGGACGACCCCCCAGCAGAGUCAACGGAGCCUCCAGAGAACAUUUUCAGAGACAGAUUCGUGAUUCGUUUGUCUCCGAGGCGACCGGGCAAAGCUCACUGAGAGAGGAGGACGAGCAGGAGGAAGAGGAAGAGGACGAUGAGCCUCCCGUUCCCAUGACAACUAGGCUCCGGAAACAGGCCGAGAGAGAGCGAGAGAGGGAGAGAGAGCAGGAGAAAGAGCAGGAGCAGAGGAUGACAGAAACGAUCAGUGUUUCUGACGGAAACGAGGAAGACAUCGGCUGUCCGUCUCAGUGGGAUGUAGGACAGGUGUUUUCUUAUAUCAACUCUCUGCCAGGUGGACAGGAUGUAGCCGAGGAGUUUCGCUCCCAGGAAAUAGAUGGACAGGCUCUGCUGCUUCUAACAGAGGACCACCUGGUCAGCACCAUGAACCUUAAACUGGGACCAGCACUCAAACUCUGUGCUCACAUUAAUUCUCUGAAAGAGACAUAAACAAUUAACAUUUCUACCCUACAAGAAUGGACUUGUGAUGAUCUGGACCAGGAUGAAGAAAAAAAGAACGGUCUUUUUUAACUCUGCAGAGACAAAGAGGAAGCACUGCCCGCCUUUAACCUGUCUUUGGACUUAGUUAAGCAGAGAGUUAUACUGCAGUUUUUUCCAGAGACCACUGCCAAGGAUAUCACUCCUCCGGCUGUCCAGUCUACCACACAGAGUGAAGUCCACACACGGUCACAGCUGAUUUUAACACGCAGAUGAGCAGCUCGUUCUGUCGCCUCUCAUGGCUCCAUUGUAGUGAUUGUAGCAGUUUGGCUCCGGUUAUCCAUUUGUUUCAAAAUGGUUUUAAAAAGUUAUUUGUAUCAUUUGUACAAAACAAUUUUACAUUUACAUUAUUACACAUAAAAGUUAAAGGAUGCUGUACAGUCUCAAAGUUUACAAGACAGAUUAUUGCCUACUAUCUUACAGAUGAAGUUUGAUACAUAUAUCAUCAGCAACCAACCAACAGUUAUGACGUAUGGAACCAAACUGAUGGCUUAUUUAUGGGUUAUUAUUUAUUAUUGACAUAAUUAAUAUAUACUAAUAAAACCAUUCAAAUAUUC